AUGAAUAAUAAAAUCCGAAUUCUUUUUGCUAGAAACCCUCCAGAUGCCUUUGAUGAAUGUCGUCAUUUUCCAACUUUAAAACCAAGUGUUGAAUGUCCAUUUCCAGGAUGGUGUGUUGAGAUUAUUAGUUAUUUAACUGAAUAUUUAAAAUUAAAAAUUGAACCAUUUAUUCUUAAUAAUCAAAUUGGUGAAUUAAAUUGGGGAUCUCAUGUAAGUAUUUUGAAAAAUUUUUUAAAUUUAAUUUUAAAGGAUAAUGGUACUUGGAAUGGAGUUUUAGGGUUUAUUCAAAACAAUACUGUUGAUACAGCCUGUCUUUUCUUUCAACGUACCCAACUUCGUGCCGAACAUUUUUCUUUUUCCUAUCCAAUAACAAAUGUAAAACCAACUUAUGUUGUUCAUAGUCAACAUGAUGAAUGGAAUAUUUGGAAUGCAUUUAUGCCUUAUUCUCCUUCUACUUGGUUUUCAAUGGGUGUUAUGUUAAUCCUGCAAACCUUGUUUUGUCUUUAUGUGGCUAAAUUAGAAGUAAGAAUUGGGCGUCGUAACCAAUUAGAACCUUUUCAAAUAUUUUGGAAAAUAAUUCGUUUACAAUUGUAUCAGCCAGACAGCUUUGAUUUUCGAACAGCUGGGGGAAAUUUUGCUAUACUUAUUUUUACAAUAAUGCAAUGCCGUCUUCUACUUGAUAUGUACCAAACAUUAUUAUUAUCGGUACUUUUACAGCCAGUGGCUGAUAACCCUUUUAGAGAUGCUCGAGAAAUGGUUAGAUUAAUUGGAAGUCAACGUUUUAAAUUAAUUACUAAUUAUAUUGGAAAUUGGUAUUUUGAAGAACUCCACAAUUCUAACGUUUCUCAUUAUCGUUCUUUGCGGCUUGCAAUUGCUCAAAAUCCAAUUCAUAUAGCUAGUACAGUUCCUAAGGCGUUAGAUAAAGUUUUAAAAGGUGGCUAUAUUUAUCCAAUACAAGAGGAUAGUAUUGGAAUGCAAAUGGCUAAAGAAAGAUAUUUUCAUUCAAAUUUCAAAUUAACCAAAGAAAAUUUUGAUAAUAAUUAUUUGACUAAAAACUUGACAGAAAGAAUUGGUCAUCAUUGUAAAGAAGAAUCUUCAUUUUCUUCUUAUUUAAAUCAUAAAGGUAGAUGGCACUUUGGAAUUAAUGGAAUUGAAUUAAAACCUUUGGAUUUUGGUUCUAUGUUUGGCGUUAUGUUGGUAGCGCUUUUAGGCCUUUUACUUUCAUUUUUGGCUUUUUGUGCCGAAAUUUAUUAUAAUAGAAAGAAGAAACGUUUAAUGUUUCGAUUACGUAUGAGAAGAGCAUUAGCAGAACAAGCACAUUUGACUGCUGCUGCUCAAGUAUUUGUUAAGCAAAGUAUUCAAACAAAGAUAGGAGAUCGGUUACAAUCUCCGACAAUUGGCGAAAUUCAUGCAUGUUUUGGGGAAAUAUAUAUUUAG